AUCUUUAUUGGAAUAUAUAAAUUGCUUUAUGUUAUCCCGUCCUCGAGCCUGUGACCGCAAACAUUAACCUUUAGCUUUCCAUUGUUUUCGUCUCCCAGCGAACAAAUUCUAUCCUCCGCUUGGCUCUAAUUAUAUUGGGUUACUUCUGUUUUCGGUGGGAAAGAUGUCUGGUAAAGGCGCCAAAGGUUUGACCACCGGAAAAACCCUAGCUUCCAACAAGGACAAAGACAAGAAAAAACCCAUCUCUCGUUCUUCUCGAGCUGGUCUCCAGUUCCCAGUGGGUCGCAUCCAUCGUCUACUAAAGCAGAGGACCACAGCACAUGGGAGAGUAGGAGCCACGGCUGCGGUUUAUUCUGCUGCUAUCCUGGAAUAUUUGACUGCAGAGGUGUUGGAGUUGGCCGGAAACGCAAGCAAGGAUCUUAAGGUGAAACGUAUUACCCCUAGACAUUUGCAGCUUGCUAUCCGUGGUGAUGAGGAACUCGAUACCCUGAUUAAGGGAACCAUUGCCGGGGGUGGUGUGAUCCCUCAUAUCCAUAAGUCACUGAUCAACAAGUCGUCCAAGGAAUAGAAUAUAGUGUUUUAUCGCUUGCAGAGAUUUGUCAAGCCAAUAUCUGAGCUGCAUUUCCUUGAUGUGAGCUUGAAACUGAAUAGGUUGAAGCUUAGGUAACGUGUUUAUGCGUUUAGCUAAUGUUGAAGCUUAGGUCUAAAACGGUUUGUUUUUGGUAUUUUCGUUUUCGGACUCGAUACAUUGGCUUUGAUUUACAGAU